AUGAAGACGCAAAUCUCUGAUGUUCUGGCCGUUAUAAAGAGGUACUCGCAUGCCGUAAGGAACCUUUACGACUCCGACCCUGACGACCCCAGACCAUCAACUUCGGGAGAGGGCCCGAGACGGUUGAGGAAUGCUCCGGAGUCUCACUUCUACCUCUAUGAGACCGCGUCUGGUCGAGGAGAGAUGAGGGAGGCUCUCGACUCCUCAGCCCAACCUGCCAACUCUGGACGAUCCACCGCCAUUCCCAACAUCCCAGACUCCGACUGGGAUAUGGAUGUUGACGAUUCUGACGACGAUGCCGACUACUCGCCGGAGGCAACGGAGAGCGACGCCGACUGGGAGGAGUUUGAUUACGUGUCGUCGCAUGACACGUCCAUCGACUCCGACGAGCCGUUGUCAGCUGUUGCACGUCGGUUUGCUAUGAGGAACGCUCCAGGGACUCCGGGUUUCGUCUGGAAGAAGAAGAGGCCUUUCGUGCGCCGUCACCCCUUCCAGGGCGUCCCAGGGGUCGAAGAAGCAUGCCUCCUGCAUGCCGACUCGACGGCAAGAGAGAUCUUGGACUGCUUCCUGACACCGGAAUUGUGGGACACUAUGACGAGGGAGACCAACCGGUAUGUGGAGCAGAGGCCGGUCACCCCAUCUUCACACAUGAAGACUUGGGAGAAUACGACUGUGGAGGAGCUGCAGUCAUUCAUUGGCCUCCGCCUGCUCAUGGGCCUGCAGCCGCGACCGCAUUCGCGGUAUUAUUGGUCGAAGAACCGGUUGCUUUCCUCGUCUGUGUUCCCUGAAACGAUGACCAGGGAUAGAUUUGAUUUACUGCAAAGUCGGCUUCACUUCUCGGACAACGAGGACCCCCGUGCCGACACCGACCGUCUGUGGAAGCUGCGACCGGUGUUGGAUAUCCUCGAUACGACGUUCAAGACGGUCUAUAUCCCUGACAGGAAAAUCGUGGUUGAUGAGUCGCUGUGGGCGUUCAGGGGACGUCACCACGCGAUUCAAUUCAACCCGACGAAGAGGGCGCGGUUCGGGAUGAAGGUAUAUCGCCUGUGCGAGAGUGAUGGUGCUGGUGCUGGCUACACCAGUGCCUUCAAUGUCUACAUGGGCCAGGACCGCGGCGACGUACCUGCCAGCAUGAAGGCUGUGACCGACCUCAUGAACCGCGCCUGCUUCUUCGAGAAGGGUUACGAGCUGUACUUGGACAACUGGUACAGCUCCCCGGAACUUUUCCAUUACCUGUCAUCAAGGAAGACGAACCGUGGGAACAGUUCGGCUGAACCGCAAGUUCAUGCCGAAGGACCUCAAGACAUGGUUGACCUGCCCCCAAACCGCCGUGGUAUAGUCCGGACGAAGCCCCAAGCCGUCGUUGACUACAACGUGGGGAAGAAGGGGGUAGACCUUGCCGAUCAGUUGGCCGCGUCGUACUCCACAACCAGACGAACUAACAAGUGGUACCAGAAUGUGUUUUACCACUUGCUCGACAUGGCGGCGGUGAAUGCUUUCGUGGUUCACAGGGCGUUGGGUGGCACCCUGACCCAGCUUGAGUUCCGCCUGGAGAUCAUAGCUAACUUCCUCGAUCAACCUCCGGCCUACGGGAGAAGGGGUGGCCUUCGGACGCCUCCUGCUGCCACCCCAUCGCCUCCUCGCCGCCGGAACGCCCCACGUCAGCAGCAGCGCCAGCAGGUACCACAGGGCCACGUCCUGGCUUUCAAUCCAGGGCGAAAGUACCGCCGGUGUCGUCACUGCCGAGUAAGCCGCAACGUGAGGAAGGAGACGCGCUACAGGUGUGGCAGGUGUGAUGUCUCACUGUGCCCGGCAGAUUGCUUCAAUCUGUGGCACAGCCCCCUGUAG